AUGGAACGAGAUUUUUACAAUAUAUUUAAAAGGGUGACUACUUUUGUUUUACUUUUAACAAAAAAUUUACAUCAUUAUACUUAUUAUAUCAAUAUAACUAAAAAUUUUUUACAAAAUAAUAUUGUGUAA